AUGGGAAGAAGAUUAACGCAUAAAAUUCGUAAAUGGGGCAAUGUUAUACAGACUAAGUUAACUAGUUCUAAAAGUACGCGCACCUACGCGACACCUACGUGUUAUCAACCACGUAUCAGCGACGUAACGCGGCGACGACCAACCGAUCACGUAGUUCCGCCAUUACCGAACACCCAAUCAACCGGAAUGAGGAUGCAUGCGUCUUUGACCAAUUUCCUCAAUUUGUACAGUACAGGAAAAUUCAAGUGCCAAGUGUUGAUAGAAUUUGACGGGCUCGUCUUCAUCGCCAAAUAG